UGGAUGUGUGCAGGCAGUGUGUGUGUGUGUGUGUGUGUGUGUGUGUUAGAGCUGCACGUACAGAGAGAGGGACUGGAUUUAAAGCGCAGUGAGAGAUGGAGCAGUGAUUAUAAAUCAGUGUGUGUGUGUGUGUGUGUGUGUGUGCAGGGAUCCCACACACACAUGAGCGGUUUCCUCGGCGGCCCCGGGGGUGAGUACCGCGCCUCGGACUGGGGGGGUGAUGCGCGCGCGGGGGGGAUGAUGGACACACACGGGGACAUGAUGGACACACACGGCAUGCUGUUGGGCCUCACCCAGGACCCCCCGUACUCGGACCCGGACUACCUGGACCCGGGCUACACGGACGGGGACGAGCCCGCGGCGAGGACGCGCCCCAGCACGCGCAGCCGCUCCGGGGAGGUGACGGAGCUCGAGGCGCAGGAGGUGCGCUGGUUCUACAGGGAGGACAAGAGGAGCUGGAAACCCUUCGUGGGACACGACUCCCUGAAGAUCGAGCGCGCGCACCGGGCCGUGUGCGCGCUCAGGGAUGCGCGCGAGGGAGUGUUCGAGCCGCAGGGCCGGGAAGGUGUGUGUGAGGGUGUGUGUGAUGGGCAGGGUGUGUGUAAGGGAGUGUGUGAGGAGGACGGCGCUGUGGAGUCGGUGUGUGUGCGCGGAGGACUGUACGAGGUGGAUGUGAAGGAGAAGGAGUGUUACCCGGUCUACUGGAACCAGCAGGAGCGUAUCCCGGUGAUGAGAGCUCAGUGGUUUACAGACGGGACGUGGCUGCCGCUGGAUGAGGAGGACGGAGACCUGAUCGAGUUGGAACAUUUAGCAAAAUUUCGGGGGCAUCGACUGGAAGAUUCUCUCGAACCAGAGGGCGUGAGCGCAGCGCCGGAGAGCAAGGAGGUGGUGCACAGUGUGAAGCUGAGCCGCAGUCAUGUAGAUUGGCACAGUGUGGAUGAAGUUUAUCUGUACAGCGAUGCUACAACGUCAAAAAUCGCUCGCAGCUUCACACAGAAACUCGGCUUCUCCAAGGCCUCCAGCAGUGGUACGCGUCUCCAUCGUGGUUAUGUGGAGGAGGCGGCUCUGGAGGACACACCCCCUGCUGCCACUCACAUUGUGUUCGUGGUGCACGGGAUUGGUCAGAAAAUGGACCAGGGGCGGAUCAUCAGGAACACCAGCAUGAUGCGAGAUGCUGCGAGGAAGAUGGCGGAGAAACAUUUUUCAGACAGAACGACGGAGCACGUGGAGUUCCUGCCUGUGGAGUGGAGAUCCAAACUCUCUCUGGACGGAGACACGGUGGACUCGAUCACGCCUGAUAAAGUGCGCGGACUGAGAGACAUGUUAAACAGCAGCGCCAUGGACAUCAUGUACUACACCAGUCCACUGUACAGGGACGAGAUAACGCGAGGUCUGACCUCAGAGCUGAACCGUCUCUACACACUCUUCUGUUCCCGUAACCCCGAGUUUGAGGAGACGGGACGAGUGUCUAUCGUCUCACACUCGCUCGGCUGCGUCAUCACCUACGACAUCAUCACUGGGUUCGACCCCGUCCGCUUACAUCAUCAGGAAGCGCCGGUUGCCGUGGAGACCGAGCCUCGGUGGUGCAGCAGCCGUGAACAGAGACUGUUGGAGGAGCUUCAGCUCACACGCACGAGGUUAAGGAAUUUGGAGGAUCAGUUUCAGAGCCUGAAGUCCUCGAGGAAUUCUCCAGCGUUAAAAUUCAAGGUGGAGAACUUUUUCUGCAUGGGUUCUCCCCUGGCCGUGUUCCUGGCCCUGCGUGGGGUUCGACCCGGUUCCUGCAGGACUCAGAACCACAUCCUGCCUCGCUCCAUCUGCACCAGACUCUUCAACAUCUUCCACCCCACAGACCCAGUGGCGUACAGACUGGAGCCUUUGAUCCUGAAACACUACAGCAACAUCUCUCCUGUACAGAUCCACUGGUACAACACCAGCAGCCCCACCCCCUAUGAUGAGGUGCGGCCGGUGUUUCUGACUCCGCUGAAGGAGUGUGUGAUUCUGUCAGAGGGUGAAAACACACCCAGUCCCUGUACGUCCCCCCCACCGCAGCGCAGGAUGGGAGGGUCCAUCACCAACCUGGGGAGAGCUAGUAUCAUGGGAGCGGCGAGUAUCGGUAAAGGCAUCGGUGGAAUCCUGUUUUCCCGUUUCUCCCGUUCGAGUGGACAGGUGGGCGGAGCUGACGAGGAGCCAAUCAACUCCGAGGCGGGGCCAUACGAGACAGAGGGCGGGGCUGUGGGAGAGGAGGGUGGGGUCACAGAAACUGAGGACAAGGUGGAGGAGAAGACGGAGAGAGAGAACGGCAUGUCGCAGUCCACGUCCACCGUCAUGGACAACUCCACUCUCUUGGAACUGGACCGGCGUAUAGACUUCGAGCUGAGGGAGGGGCUGGUGGAGAGCCGCUAUUGGUCAGCGGUGACAUCACACACGGCCUAUUGGUGCUCGUAUGACGUGGCUCUGUUCCUGCUGACGUUCAUGUACAGCGAGGACACGACACACGGAGAAGAGGAGGACACCGCUGAGUCAUAAUACACACACACACACACACACACAAUGCAUGCGUCGUUCUUAUGUUCAGCUGGGAGUCGGUGGUUUGGCCCGUGCACAAUCUGCUGCAGCACCGCUUACACUCAGAGCUACUGUAUGUUCAUGGCUAAGCUAACAUGCUAACGAGUGAGUGUGAACUUUGCACAUCCCAGUUUUAUGACGUUAUUAUUGUCUUGUAGUUUCAUACAGAAUCCAGCUUUAACCCUACACACACACACACACACACACACACACACACACACACACACACACACACAUGCACAGUGUGAUUAGUGCAGUGUGUGACAGUCUAAUCGUCAUGUCACAACACACAACAAUUCACUAGAUUUAUAAAAAUUCAUGGAUUUCUUCAUGUUUUGAUAAAUAACCAAAUAUUGAUGGCACAAAUGAUGUACAUGUAGCCACGCCCACAUAAUGCAAAAACACAGAGAGAUAAAUGACUAAAUGAAGAAUAAACAGAGAUAAAUCAUCUGCAGAAUGAAGGUGUGUGAUACAUCGAGCAGUAAGACAGCACAUCAGCUAACACACACACACACACACACACACACACCUUGUAUAGGGCUGGGAGUGUGUACGGGAGCAAUAUGAUUAGCUGAGGGUUUUUAUCCACCUUCAUGUGACUCUACAUAUACGAGUGAUUAAUGUAAAUCAAUUAAUUAGAGUUUUAUAUCCGAGUCGUAUCGUUUAAUGUUUGUGUUUAACCGCAUAACUGAAACACUUAGUCACUAACGUUAGUGAAUGUGAAAUUUACAAAAUGUACAGAAUUGCCAAACACACACACACACACACACACACACACACACACACACACGUUCUGUGCCUGGGUUAAGGAGUGUUGGGGUUCCCCUCUGAUGUCAUAGACACUGCUCAUUGGCUGAAAUCACGAUGAUGUCAUUGGGGUGACCAUGCCACGCCCCCACCACCUGAACCAAACCCCACCCACACGCAUGCUAAAAAAACACGAUUUUAUCUAAUGGCAUGUUUUAGUAUUUAUUUAUUUAUUUAUUUAUUUACUUAUUAAUACGCUUG